GACACAGGGAGCUCAUAAAUGUGGGCAGAGCUGCAGAGAGACAGCUGUGCCCAGGAGCAGCUCUUGUGCACAGCACAGCCUGCAGGUGACAGAAAAAGAAGAGAGAAACUGGAGAGAGCUUACAGGAUGUGUGUGGUGUGAGAGGGCUUCGAGCUCACUGCAGGAGGUUUGCUCACAGACCAUGACAGGCAGGAGGAGUGUCUCUGAGAAUGGUCUGGACUUGUCAUUAUCUUCUGCACUCUGAGCAGGACUCCAAGCCCAGGAACAACAGCAGAUGCCCAACAGCAGCUCCAUCAGCGAGUUCCUCCUGCUGCCGUUGGCAGACACGCGGCAGCUGCAGCUCCUGCACUUCUGGCUCUUCCUGGGCAUCUACCUGGCUGCCCUCCUGGGCAACGGCCUCAUCAGCACAGCCGUAGCCUGCGACCGCCGCCUGCACACCCCCAUGUACUUCUUCCUCCUCAACCUGGCCCUCCUCGACCUGGGCUGCAUCUCCACCACUCUCCCCAAAGCCAUGGCCAACGCCCUCUGGGACACCAGGGCCAUCUCCUACACAGGAUGUGCUGCACAGCUCUUUUUCUUUCUCCUCUUCAUGUCAGCAGAGUAUUCCCUUCUCACCAUCAUGUCCUAUGACCGCUACGUUGCCAUCUGCAAGCCCCUGCACUACGGGACCUUGAUGGACAGCAGAGCUUGUGCCACCAUGGCAGCAGCUGCCUGGGGCACUGUGCUUCUCUAUUCCCUGCUGCACACUGCCAGUACGUUUUCACUGCCUCUCUGCCAAGGCAAUGUUGUCAACCAGUUUUUCUGUGAAAUCCCACAGAUCCUCAAGCUCUCCUGCUCUGGCUCCUACCUCAUGGAAUUUGUAUUUCUCUUUUUUGGUGUCAGUUUAGGCUUUGGUUGCUUUGUUUUCAUAGUUGUGUCCUAUGUGCACAUCUUCAUGGCUGUGCUGAGGAUGCCCUCUGAGCAGGGACGGCACAAAGCCUUCUCCAUGUGCCUCCCUCACCUGGCUGUGGUCUCCCUGUUUCUCAGCACUGGUGCUUUUGCCUACCUGAAGCCCCCGUCCAUUUCCUCCCCACUCCUGGAUCUGACAGUGGCACUUCUGUAUGCAGUGGUUCCUCCAACACUGAACCCUAUUAUCUACAGCAUGAGGAACAGGGAGAUCAAGCACGCUCUCAGGAAGGUGUUGCAAUACUCACUAUUCCCGCUUCAAUAAAGUGCACAUCUUCAUCGCAUGAUUCCCAGUGAUGGUUCUUCAUCUUUUAUGCAUCUUUGAUUGAUUGAUUAUGUGAGAUAUAGCAACGUGCAAAAAAAUAUUAUUGAACUUAUA